GAAGAACUUUCGAGGAGGAUGGCGCAGUUCGUCACCCACAUCCAGCCGACGCUGGUGGAGUCGUCGCAUCACCAUGCUCCAGGUCAUCCCAGCCACCUGGGGCAUCCGCCGGCCCAUCACCAUCACAAGGAUCACCACGGUAAGGAUCACCAUCACAAGGAGCACUCGGAGCCGGCCCAUUCCAGGGAGUUCCCGGUGCUUCCGGCCCAGCAUUCUCUGCACAUGGUGGACCACCACGAGCAGGGAUCCCAGAAGCACGACACCCAGAACGGAAACAAGAGGCAGAGCCAGGACAAGGAGAGAGGUCACUAUCUGGACUCGCACGGCGUCUCGCACGAGUACCAGAUGCGCUUUAUCGAUUCCCAGGGGAUUCACCGGGACCAGCACGGCCACGCCAUCGAUGACGACAAGUACCAGAGGAAGGAAGAGUUGGCGAGGCGCGAGAAGCCCACGCCCCCCAGGUACAUCGACAUACAGCCGGUCUAUCCAGAAAACAAACUG